CACUUUCUUUUGAGCAGAGGAGAUAAUGGGAGGUACCCUGCUAGUGUUGACUGAGAGGCGGGUGGCAUGGGCCACAGUUGCUUCGGGAGGGUUGUGACACUGGGUGCCGGGUGGCUGUCCCUAAGCUUGCUCUGACACAAGAGCUUUGAGUUAAUCUUUUGGCCAAGCCUGCUGAGGGAGGCCGGCUCCCGCAGGAGGCUUGGAGGGUCGGAUGCAGCGCCGGAUGAGGGUGAGGCGUGGCGGAAGAUGCGUUUGGCUCUGCAGACACUGCAUCGGGCAGCAGGGGACUCUGGGAGGCUGGUGCAGCCAGAAGGCAUGGCUCUUGACAGCCUUCGAGUAGAAUCUCUGGAAUUGUGCAUGUGAGUGGGGUUGCGGUUUGGGGUGCCAUUCCCAGAAAGCCUUCCCUGACCUCCCGGGUGUGUCAGGUGCCCGCCCUGUGCCCAGUCCCUCUGUGCUGUGCUCCCGGUUGGGUGGCGCUCCCCGCUCCGUGAUGAAAUGUUCUGUUGUCGUGUGUUCCCCUCACUGGACCCGAGGUCUGCAGGGGCACAGGCUCUGUCUGUCGCGGAUCCUCCAUGCCCAGCCCGAGACCUUGCAGACGCGGGGUAGAAGUAACCAGGUGAUGGGAGGAUGAGUCAGUCCAGAUCCGCUGCUGGUUGUGACCUACUUUCCGUGCCGGUGUCCUUUGUGUCUCCAAUUACAAUCAGAAGUUUAAAAUAAUGGCAUUUCGACCAACGGGCAGAAGAGGAAAGAAACUAACGGGUAUUGAGCACCUACUAUGUGCCAGGCCCAGGCCAGGACUAGAAUGCCCUUGCUUAAUGCUUCUCAGGCCAAGAGAUCAAUCUUGGGCCUGGUCAGAUGUCUCCCGCCUCCAGCCAGUCCGUGCAGACCUGCUGCCUGCUAUGUCACCGGGAACGCAGAGGCUGGGAAGAAGGUCCUUCUCAAAACGGACUGGUGUUGCAGGGUGAGAAGCUGCCCCCUGACUUCAUGCCAAAGCUCGUCAAGAACCUCCUAGGCGAGGUGCCUCUGUGGGUCUGCCAGAGCUGCCGAAACAGCGUGGAGGAAGACGAGAGGCAGACAGGUCGAGACCGUGCAGUGGCGAUCUCCUUGUCACACACAUCUUGCAAAUCGCAGUCUUGUGGGGGUGACUCUCAUUCCUCCUCAUCCUCUUCGUCCUCCUCUUCAUCCUCUUCCUCCUCCUGCCAUGGGAACUCGGGGGAUUGGGACCCCAGCUCGUUCCUGUCAGCACAUAAGCUCUCGGGCCUCUGGAACUCCCCACACUCCAGUGGGGGUAUGCCCGGCAGCUCGCUUGGGAGUCCUCCAGCCAUCCCUGGUGAGGCUUUCCCCAUCUUGGAGCACCACCAGCACUCAGACCUCACUGCUCCCCCUAACAGCCCCACCAGCCACCACCCCCAGCCAGCAUCUCUGAUCCCUUGUCACCCCGGCCCCUUCAGCUCGCCGCCCCACCCACACCUGCCGCCCACCGCCCCGGCCCCAGCAGCACCUUGCCCUGCCCAGGCUUCAGCUUGCCCUGUUGCUGCUGCUGCCCCCCACACGCCAGGGUCAGGUUCGAGCCCCCAUGUGCCGUCUACCAGCAUGCCGCUCCUGAAGAUGCCGCCACCAUUCUCGGGGUGCAGCCACCCCUGCAGUGGGCACUGUGGUGGACACUGUGGUGGGCCCCUCCUUCCUCCACCAAGCACUCAGCCUCCCCCCAGCGCUCACAGCAGGGACCCUGGGUGCAAGGGGCACAAGUUUGCACACAGUGGCCUGGCCUGCCAGCUGCCCCAGCCCUGCGAGGCAGACGAGGGGCUGGGUGAGGAAGAGGAUAGCAGCUCCGAGCGGAGCUCCUGCACCUCGUCCUCCGCCCACCAGAGAGAUGGGAAGUUCUGCGACUGCUGCUACUGUGAGUUCUUCGGCCACAGUGCGCCACCCGCCGCCCCGACCAGUCGGAAUUAUACUGAGAUCCGGGAGAAGCUCCGUUCGCGGCUGACCAGGCGGAAAGAGGAGCCGCCCGUGAAGGUGAAGGGGGGCGCCCUGGGCGGGGUCCCUGGGGAGCUCACCGUGGACCGCCGAGAUGUGGACGAGCUGCUGGAGUUCAUCAACAGCACGGGGCCCGGAGUCCCCAACAGCGCCAGGGCCGCCAAGCGGGCCCGGCACAAGCUGAAGAAGAAGAGUCAUUGUCCCCACUGCGCAGAUGAGGUUUCUGAGUCCCAGCAAGAAAGGGAGAAGGCCCAGUUGGCAGCUGAAGCACUGAAGCAGACGAGCUGCAGCGUGUCUGGGAGCCGGGAGCUGAGGCCUGCCAGGGAGAGGCUCUCGGAGUGGCCCGCCCGGGAGCUGGACCGGGUGAACAGCUUCCUGAGCAGCCGUCUCCAGGAGAUCGGGAGCACGGUGGAGGACUCCAUCCACGCCAGCUUCAGCGUGUGCGAGCCUAGCGUGGACAGCAGGGGCUUCUUGAAGGGGAGGGCUGCUGAGCCUGAGCCCCCGAGUUCCCCACCCUUAACCCUCAACGGCUCCUCAGAACAGCGGCCUGACAUCAACCUCGACCUGUCCCCGUUGACUUUGGGCUCCCCCCAGAACCACGUGGUGCAAGCUCCGGGGGAGCCAGCCCCACCAUGGGCAGAAGGGAGAGCCCCUCACCCACCAUGGACCGAGGUGAGGGGCCCCCCUCCCGGCAUCAUCCCCGAGAAUGGGCUGGUGAGGAGACUCAGCACUGUGCCCACUUUGUCCCGGGUCAUCUGGGUCAAGACGCCCACUCCAGGCAGCCCGAGUGCUGAGGAGCCAAGCUCAAAGGAAGUCCCCACCUACAAGCAGGAGCCGCCCGAGCCCGUGGUCUCAGGUGGGAAGCCGCGGAAGGGCAGGAGACAGGGCAGCCAGGCCAAGAAGAGCGAGGCGAGCCCAGCCCCCCGGUCCCCUGCCAGCCUAGAGGUUUCCCUUGCCAAGGGCCAGACCCCUGGCCCCAAGCAGCCAGGCCAGCUCCCGGAGCCUCCUAAAGUGGGCACCUGUGCUGAGGCUGGAGGAGGCGGCCAGCUGGGACCGUGUUGGGCUGGCAGCCCCAAGACAGAGAAGGAGACGGGCAGCUCCUGGCGGAACUGCCUGGGCGAGGCCAAGGCGCGGCCUCCGGAGCAGGAGUCUGUGCAGCCCCCAGGCCCAGCAAGACCACAGGGCUUGCCCCAGGGCAAGGGCCGUAACCGCCGGAGCCGCAGCAAGCAGGAGAAGUCGGCCUCGUCCUUGGACGACGUGUUCCUGCCCAAGGACAUGGACGGGGUGGAGAUGGACGAGACUGACCGCGAGGUGGAGUACUUUAAGAGAUUCUGUUUGGAUUCUGCAAAGCAAACUCGGCAAAAGGUGGCUGUGAACUGGACCAACUUCAGCCUCAAGAAAAGCAGCCCCAGCACAGCUCAUUGAGGCCCCGCCCAGGCCGAGUUCAGGUAUCCUGAGACCCCGACUGCCAGCCGAAGGUCUGCAGUUCCUCCCUCCACGUGCCCAAGCCCCCUGUUCCCAGCCGUCCCGGACCAACCAAAAGCCGAGCGGAUGCUGCGCUGUGCGGGCCUCCAGACCUCAGCAGAGCGCGUCCUGGUGCUACGUGGCCUCCACACUCCAGCCGGGACCGAGCCGGGUCAGGGCCGGGCCUGAUGGUACUGCCGGCCCACACUGCUCUGCAUUCGGUUUUUCAUUCUGUUUGUUUUUAUUUUUUCCAAUUCUUUACUUUUGAUACUGUGAAGAUCUUUCGUGCUGAAAGAUAAAGCAACAUUUGGACACAGA